UGUUAUGCAUUCUUGGCAACAACCGAUAGGAAGCUUCAUGCCCCUGGUGCUAGUUUUAUUUUUAGGGUCAUUCAGUGAUCGACAUAAAUUGAGGAAACCGUUUUUGCUCAUGCCGAUCAUAGGAGAAAUAUUUGGAAAUGCAGGUUGACAAACUUAAAUUGAGAAAUUAAAAUUACUUUAAAUAUAUUUUUAUUUCAUCUAGGCAAACUGCUCUUAUAGUGACGCUACUACUGCGAAAAUUUAUGCACCGCAGGCACUUUGAGUCAUUUUCUUUGUAAACAGCCGUUUCCACACACUUAAUUCGUUUUCUCUGAACAUUUACAGAGAUACAGUCAUUCCAGUCGCAUUGGUUUUGGAUCUCGCGUAUGCUCAUGUUGAAUGGACGUCCUCAAAAUUUUUUUUCAUAGUUUUCAUAUUAACUUUAAAAUUUCAGGCGAUAGACUUUUUAAUUCACCUUUUUUCGAUUAAAACAGUAACAACUUACCUACUUCAGUGAAAAGUUGCUUUUAUAUGCAAAAAGUUUCUAGAUAACACUCCCAGUAUAAAAUAGGAACAGCCUUUCUUAUUGAAGAUGAAAAGAUUUCGUCUACAAAAGUAUUAGUGAACUGUUUUGAGGAUUGAGAAUAGAAUAGAACAAAAAAUCCUUUAUUUUUAACUUGGCUAAGAGUGACGGCAGUAUAUGACAUAUUGUCGCUUUUUUUACAGAAAUAAAAAGUUUUGUUUAUUUUUUUUAUUUAUAUUAUAAUCUUAAAAUACAGUAUUAAUAUAUUUUUACAUAAUGGAUAUCCGUUUUAGUUGCUUUCUAUAAAAUUAUCUUAAAGAUUUUUAGUAAUACGUCCCGAUUAUAUUUUUUUAUUAUCUUAUUUUUCUGAUAUCCUUAUAUUAAAAUAAUUGUUUAAAUGUUUUAAAUUUAUGGCCGUUAAUUGGAAUACAUAAAUUGAGACUCUAAGGUGUAAUUUAUGGUUAAAAAUAGAGAAAUAGUUCCUGCGUGUUAACAGUAAAGCUACUUAAACUAGAAAACGAAAUUUUCUGAUAAUAUAAUAAUAUAAUGGAUAAAAAAUAAUGAUUUGUUUAUCAGAAAACAUCAAAUAAUAAGAAGCCGUAUUAUCAAAAAUUUAAAAGAUAGUCUUUUUUCGAUUUAAAUAAUGGCGAAAAUCAAAUUAAACUAUCAUAGGAAGUAUCUAAAAUGAAUGCAAAAAAAUUUCAGGUCUAUAUUCUAGUUUUCUGAUUCAAAUUUUAAAAGCGCUUCUUUAUUUCUAUGAAAAAGGUGUCACGAUAAAGUGUUUACGAAAUGAGAAUAUCUUUCACAUUAAGAAAGAUAAGGCAAUUUUUUUAAAUUUUCCGAGUCGCUAUUUAAAAUCGGAUUAUAUCAUUUUCCAAGUAUCAAAAAAAUAAUUUUGGUUAGUAUAGUAUGCAACACGUUCGGUAAUAGUAUAUUAUACAACAAGUGCGGUAAACGGCAUUUGACUUACGAGUUUAUUUGACACGAGCGGAGCGCCACGGAGCGAGUUUUUAAUAAACGAGUGAGUUAAUAAGUUAAUAAGAACGUGUUGCAUACUAUACUUUUUCUACGACCGUUAGUUUUUGGAGUACAGUUUCGCCAAACAACACCAAUACAUUCACUGACAUGACCGUCAGAAUAGACAAACGUCAAAAUUCAAAGCGUGGGAAAUAUCUCCGAAAACAUCCGAUUGCUCCAACAUCCAUGCGGUAAAAUCCCGGAAAUGUCCGAGGUGACUCGGAUUCGUGGGAAACGAAACUGACAUGGAUGUAUAAUUUGUGUAAUUUUUAUGAGACAGUUACCACUACAGGCCCAAGGUGUCCUUCAAAAAGUAGUCCCUUCGUUCUUUGGGGGGCAAGUAAUGUUGGUAAUGGCCAGUACGAGUCACAUUGCCGAUGUAACUUCAAAUGAAGCGCGAACGUUGCGGUUGGGAAUAGUGCAAAUUGUCAUUAGUGUAACGGUGCUAUUGGUGCAGCCACUUAGUGGCUUCAUUUUUGUAAAGUCCGGGUACCUAAGCGUAUUAAUCACCGCGGCAUUAUUAAAUACCGCCGCACUCAUGUACUGUGCUUUCUGGAUUAGAGAGAAGUCCUGCGCAUCUCAAGAUACAGAGAAGAGUAUAUUAAUUGACGUAUUUAAUCCGGAACACGCAUUAGACACAUUUAAGUUUCCAUUCAAGAAAAAUCCAGGAAACGACCGAAUCUUAAUUGGUUUAUUUAUUUUGACAGUAUUUGUCUACAGGUGUGCUUAUGAGGGAGAGUCAAGCUUGCUGUUUCUUUAUACUCAAAACAUGUUUGAAUGGACGCCACUGGAAUUUAGCUACUUUUUGACCGCCAACUCACUGGUCUCUCUAAUUGGGCAUUUGUGCGCUAUGCCUCUAUUGGCCAAGGUUCUAGGAUGGAAUGAUUUUGCAAUCACAUUCAUAGCAAUUCUUGAUAAAAUUAUCUGCAAUUUAAUAUUCGGGCUAGCAAAAACUAUUACAGCCUUUUACACAGGAGUUGCAACUAGUAUUUUGGUCAGAGUCUACACCACAGUAAAGAAAUCGAUCGCAACUAAAAUUGUUCCGACAGCCGAUAUAGGAAAAGCUCAGUCAUUCUUAGUGGAGAUGGAUUCAGAAAGUACAGCCACUUCUGUAGAUGAAAAUACCGAAAACUUCUGUGACAACCCAACCAGGGAUACAAUUGCUGAGGGGCUUAUGGGUCUGAUUAAACCAACAGUAGAUCAACUAGUUGAAAGGGUUAGGGCAACAAGAUUAUCUCAACUGGAAUUGAAACAGGCCAUUGACAGUUUAGCUGAAGAAUUGAAAAAAAUUUCUGCUCAGCAAACUUCUCGGGAUCUGGAUAGUUAUGUACGGAAAUUAUUGAACGCGAAGCAGAGGGUUGUAGUGCUUUCUAACGUAUUACAAAAUGCUCAGGAAAGACUAAAUAAAGUACAUCUCUCCAUCGAUAAAGAAGUUGUGAAAAGGAAAAUGCUUUUAAACAAUACAGUUGAAGAUUGUGAUUCAUAA